UGCAGCUUUGUAGGAAGCCAGUCUUAGAGAGGAAGACAGGAUGGCCAGCUCAGCCCGGGAGCAUCUCCUCUUUGUGCGGCGGCGAAAUCCUCAGAUGCGAUACACAUUGAGCCCUGAGAAUCUCCAGAGCCUCGCCGCCCAGAGCUCCAUGCCAGAGAACAUGGCCCUCCAGCGGGCCAAUAGUGACACUGACCUUGUGACUUCCGAGAGCCGCUCCAGCUUGACGGCCAGCAUGUAUGAGUACACGCUGGGGCAAGCCCAGAACCUCAUCAUCUUCUGGGACAUCAAGGAGGAGGUGGACCCCAGUGAUUGGAUUGGACUCUAUCAUAUAGAUGAGAAUUCUCCAGCCAACUUCUGGGAUUCUAAAAACAGGGGUGUGACUGGAACACAAAAAGGACAAAUUGUGUGGAGAAUUGAGCCUGGACCUUAUUUUAUGGAACCGGAGAUCAAAAUCUGUUUUAAAUACUACCACGGCAUCAGCGGAGCCCUGCGCGCCACGACACCCUGCAUCACAGUGAAGAACCCUGCUGUGAUGAUGGGGGCAGAAGGCAUGGAAGGAGGUGCUUCUGGAAGCCAGCAUUCUCGGAAACUUGUUAGCUUUACACUGACAGAUCUUAGGGCAGUUGGACUAAAGAAAGGCAUGUUCUUCAAUCCUGAUCCGUAUCUUAAGAUGUCCAUCCAGCCAGGUAAGAAGAGCAGUUUCCCCACCUGUGCCCACCAUGGUCAGGAGAGAAGAUCUACUAUCAUCAGUAAUACCACUAAUCCAAUAUGGCACCGAGAGAAAUACUCCUUUUUUGCACUUCUGACUGAUGUCUUAGAGAUUGAAAUUAAAGACAAAUUUGCCAAGAGCCGCCCUAUCAUCAAGCGUUUUCUGGGGAAACUAACCAUCCCAGUCCAGAGGCUCCUGGAGCGACAGGCCAUUGGAGAUCAGAUGCUCAGCUACAACCUUGGCAGGAGGCUCCCAGCCGACCACGUGAGUGGGUACCUCCAGUUUAAAGUGGAGGUUACGUCUUCUGUUCACGAAGAUGCCACCCCAGAAGCUGUGGGCACGAUUCUUGGAGUCAAUACUGUGAAUGGGGACCUAGGAAGCCCUUCUGAUGAUGAGGACCUGCCUGGGACCCACCAUGACAACCCAGUGUGCUCCAAUGGACCAGUGUCUGAGGACAGCACAGCUGAGGGGACCCCCAAACAUUCUUUCAGGACUAGCUCCACUCUGGAAAUAGACACUGAGGAAUUAACCUCUACUUCUUCAAGGACCUCACCUCCCAGGGGACGCCAGGACUCCCUCAACGAUUACUUAGAUGCUCUUGAACACAAUGGCCCCUCCAGGCCCGGGGCAGCUACCUCCGCAGAGAGGGCCAUGGGGGCCUCUCCGAAACUAAGGAGUAGUUUUCCCACUGACACGAGGCUCAAUGCAAUGCUUCAUAUCGACUCAGAUGAAGAAGAUCAUGAGUUUCAGCAAGACCUCGGCUACCCUUCUUCCUUAGAGGAGGAAGGCGGGUUGAUAAUGUUUAGCAGGGCAUCAAGGGCUGAUGACGUGAGCCUGGCAUCUCAGACAAAGCCAGAGGACAACUCGGUUGAGAAUGAAGAAGCCUCCACAAUUGAAGCCACCUCCUUUGAGGAUAAGCCAGAAAAUCUUCCAGAGCUUGCGGAUAGCUCUUUACCCUCCGAACCAGCCCCAGAGGAAAGUGAAACCGGUCCGGAGCCCCAGCCAGGUGCUGACCAGGGCAGCACUGAGCUGUGUGGCUCACAGGAGGCAGAUCAGCCCACCAGUGGAGCAGACACGGGGACCUCUGAUACGUCAGGAGGGAGCCGGAGAGCCACCAGUGAGACCGAGUCCCUUGACCAGGGGUCUGAGCCUUCCCAAAUCUCCUCUGAAACGGAACCCAGUGACCCGGCCAGGACAGAGAGCGUGAGCGAGGCCAGCACCAGGCCCGAGGGCGAGAGUGACCUGGAGGGAGCCGACAGCUCUUGCAAUGAGAGUGUGACCACGCAGCUGUCCUCGGUGGAGACGCGGUGCUCCUCUCUCGAGAGCGCUCGCUUUCCGGAAACCCCAGCAUUUUCCUCUCAGGAGGAGGAAGAUGGAGCUUGUGCAGCAGAGCCCACCAGCAGUGGCCCUGCAGCUGCGGCACAGGAUUCCAUAUGCACCCCUGGGUCCUUACCUGUGGUGCAGGUGCCCAGUGGGGAGGAGGAGGGGCCAGGUGCAGAAGCAGCUGCUCCACCUGAACAGGAGGAGAUGGGGGAGGUCUGGCAGCGGAGGGGCAGCCUGGAGGGAGCCGCGGCUGCCGCCACUGCUGCUGAGAGCCAGCCCCAAGAAGAUGGUGAUGCUGGGGAUGCCCAGGGCACCUGUGAAGGGGCCACCGCCCAGGAGGAGGGUGCUGCUGGAGGUUCCCAAACCAACGGCCAUCAGCCAUUGCGUUCGCUGCCUUCAGUGCGCCAGGAUGUGAGCCGGUAUCAGAGGGUGGACGAGGCUCUCCCACCAAACUGGGAGGCACGCAUUGACAGCCAUGGGAGGAUCUUUUACGUGGAUCAUGUAAACAGAACCACAACGUGGCAGCGACCAACAGCUCCCCCAGCUCCACAGAUGCUUCAGAGGUCCAACUCCAUCCAGCAAAUGGAGCAGCUGAACCGGCGAUACCAGAGUAUCCGCAGAACCAUGACUAAUGAGAGGCCUGAGGAAAAUGCCAGUGCUCUUGAUGGGGCAGGGGAGGAAGCUGACUUUCACCAAGCCAGUGCAGAUUUCCGACGGGAGAACGUGCUGCCCCACUCUACCUCCAGAUCCAGGCUCACAUUGCUGUUACAGUCUCCCCCCGUGAAGUUCCUCAUCAGCCCAGAGUUCUUCACCGUGCUGCAUUCUAACCCUAGUGCCUACCGCAUGUUUACAAAUAACACGUGUUUGAAGCACAUGAUCACCAAAGUCCGGCGGGACACCCACCACUUUGAACGUUACCAGCACAACCGGGACCUUGUAGGAUUCCUCAACAUGUUUGCGAACAAACAGCUGGAGCUGCCGAGGGGCUGGGAAAUGAAACAUGAUCAUCAGGGCAAGGCUUUUUUUGUUGACCACAAUUCUCGUGCCACCACUUUCAUCGACCCUCGGCUCCCACUUCAGAGCAGCCGGCCCACGAGCGCUUUGGUCCAUCGGCAGCACUUGACCCGGCAACGCAGCCACAGUGCGGGUGAGGUAGGAGAAGACUCCCGCCAUGCAGGACCGCCGGUUCUCCCCAGGCCGUCCAGUACGUUCAACACUGUCAGUAGGCCGCAGUACCAGGACAUGGUUCCAGUGGCUUACAAUGACAAGAUUGUUGCAUUUCUCCGUCAGCCCAAUAUCUUUGAAAUUCUACAAGAACGUCAACCUGAUCUUACCAGGAAUCACUCACUCAGGGAGAAGAUUCAGUUUAUCCGAACUGAAGGAACCCCAGGAUUGGUGCGACUUUCCAGUGAUGCAGACCUUGUAAUGUUGCUGAGUUUAUUUGAAGAAGAGAUAAUGUCAUAUGUGCCUCCACAUGCCUUACUCCACCCCAGCUACUGUCAGUCCCCACGUGGCUCCCCCGUGUCCUCUCCUCAGAAUUCACCAGGUACUCAGCGUGCCAAUGCCCGAGCUCCCGCCCCUUACAAGCGAGAUUUUGAAGCCAAACUGAGGAACUUUUAUAGGAAGUUAGAGACGAAAGGAUAUGGACAAGGCCCAGGAAAAUUAAAGUUAAUUAUCCGAAGAGACCACCUACUAGAAGAUGCUUUUAAUCAGAUUAUGGGCUACUCCAGAAAAGACCUGCAGAGAAAUAAGCUAUACGUCACGUUUGUCGGGGAGGAAGGGCUGGACUACAGUGGACCUUCCAGAGAGUUUUUCUUCCUGGUAUCCAGAGAACUCUUUAACCCAUAUUAUGGCUUAUUUGAAUAUUCAGCCAAUGACACAUACACAGUACAAAUAAGUCCCAUGUCUGCUUUUGUAGACAAUCACCAUGAAUGGUUUCGGUUCAGCGGUCGGAUCCUCGGUCUUGCACUAAUUCACCAGUAUUUGUUGGAUGCCUUCUUCACACGGCCAUUUUAUAAGGCUCUUCUCAGAAUUCUGUGUGACCUGAGUGAUCUGGAAUAUCUUGAUGAAGAGUUCCACCAGAGCCUGCAGUGGAUGAAAGAUAAUGAUAUACAUGACAUCCUGGACCUCACGUUCACUGUGAACGAAGAAGUUUUUGGGCAGAUUACCGAACGAGAAUUGAAGCCAGGGGGUGCCAAUAUCCCAGUCACAGAGAAAAACAAGAAGGAAUACAUCGAGAGGAUGGUGAAAUGGAGAAUUGAGAGAGGAGUUGUACAACAAACAGAGAGCUUAGUGCGUGGUUUCUAUGAGGUGGUGGAUGCCAGACUUGUGUCUGUUUUUGAUGCAAGAGAACUGGAACUGGUCAUUGCAGGCACAGCUGAAAUAGACUUGAGUGAUUGGAGAAACAACACAGAAUACAGAGGAGGGUACCAUGACAAUCACAUCGUAAUUCGAUGGUUCUGGGCUGCAGUGGAAAGAUUCAACAAUGAGCAGCGACUAAGGUUAUUACAGUUUGUCACAGGCACGUCCAGCAUUCCCUACGAAGGAUUUGCUUCUCUUCGAGGGAGUAACGGGCCCAGAAGGUUCUGUGUGGAGAAAUGGGGGAAAAUCACUGCUCUUCCCAGGGCACAUACUUGCUUUAACCGUCUGGACCUGCCUCCAUACCCAUCCUUCUCCAUGCUUUAUGAAAAACUCUUGACAGCAGUUGAAGAGACAAGUACCUUCGGACUUGAGUGACCUGGAAGCACAAUGUACAGCUCUUUGCGGACAGCAAUGUCAGAAGCUGCCCUCUGGAAGAACAGCUGACACUGAAAAUUUCAAAAGUAUGAUUAGAGUAAAGCAGACAGACAGCUGGUCUUUUCUAGAAACAUGUACUCUGUCUCUUUGCGGACCAAGAGAGUAGUGUUGAGUCCUCUUGGAAGAAUUUGAGGGAGCUUGAUAUCCAGGGAACAACCCAACAGUCUUUCAAUCAACAGUUCUUCCUGACUGCCAAACUUUUUUCAUUUGUUGUUUUCCAAGAAAAAGGUAAACCUAUACAUGAUCAUGGUGGCAUUUCAGAACUCAGGAGAAUCUUGACAUUAACUCUUGAACAUGAUUCAAGCUAAAUUGGCAGCACUUGGUCCAAUCUCUAAAUUAGUUCAAGUUAAAUAAUAAAAACAAGUCUAUUUCCUGAAAAUACAUUCAUUUAUGCCCUAACUUGUAAGAGAAUAUUCAUUUCUUGCUUACGCAUGCCUGCAUGGUGUGCACCAUAGGUUUCUGCUUUCCUGGGGAUAAGUGCAAAUGAAGCCCAGUCAACAGGAGGUAACUUUAACUAUUUGCAAUAAGAUGGUUUGUGACAAUUUAUAUGCAAGUGGUAUGUGUAUAAUUAUGGCUAAAGACAAACUGUUAUACAAUGAAUUGCUAAUGAUGGAUUUUAUGCUUUAUAAUGCAUGAAAAAAGUUUUAAAAUAACUACCAAUUAAUCACAGCAUAUCAGGAAAAAGUACACAGUGAGUUCUGUUUAUUUUUUAUAGCUUCCUUGUAUUUAUGUUAAGAUGUAUAUAAGAACCUACUUGUCAUACUGUAUGUAUCACCUAUUCCAUUUUCAUGUUCCAUGCUUACCCAGCCAUCAUGCUAGUAUGUAUCCUUUUAAGCACUCUCAAGGGAAAAAUAAAAGGGCCUUUUAUUUUUGUAAAGGUAAAAAAAAAUGUCCCCAAAAUAUUUUGCACUGAAUGUACCAAAGUUGAAGGGAUAUUACAAUAUGACUAACAGCAAUUCCAUCACUUGACAAAUGUACUAGAAAAUAGCUUCUAGAUCCAACUUCCUUCACAGUGCCAUGUCUACCACCACAAGGACUGCACAUAUAAGUAGUACUUUUUUAAGACUCACUCUGUGUGAUAGUAUAAUAUGCAUUUAUUUAAAAUGCAUUAGACUCUCUUCCAUCCAUCAAAUACUUUACAGGAUGGCAUUUAAUACAGAUAUUUCGUAUUCCUCCCACUGCUUUUUAUUUGUACAGCAUCUUAACUCACGAAGGUCAGCUAGAGAGCCAUCAGCAACACUGAAGACAUCAGCUCUCUUUAGGAAUAAGAAUUCCAUUUUCCCUCCAGUCAAGACAUCACAAAUUUAAACUCUCAGUACUAUAUUUCUAUGCCUGCAUUUUCACGGAUACAUAAUUUUCUUAUCAAUAUUAAGAAACAAUUUUUUAUGAUAUCUCAGAAACUGCAUGGUGUCACUAAUUUUCUUUCAGCUUAAUUUUACCAGGGGUGGUUGUCCUUCAUUUUGAUUGUUUCCAGCUUUACUCCACAUCCUUGUUCAUUUCUUGACUUGGGGCUGGAGUGCAUCAGACAGAGAAGCGCCAUAGAAUUUAAAUUGUGGGUAAUAAAAAUAUUGUAUUAACAUUUGAUCUGUCAGCCUAUGGUUUUACAGGUGUUAGCCUGAGCAUUAAUUUGAGAAUUACAUCUGUGAGUAGCCAGAGAAUUCCUGUGAUGGGAUGUUGGCAAUCCCACAUUUUAUAGAGGUCGUGUGCAUGGCUUAUAAGGGGGUUCAUUAGAACUGACUGUUCUCUUCCAGUUGGCUAAGCUGCAUUUACCAUGUGAGCCUCAAGAGGACCGCCACUCGUGCCAUGGUCUUGCAGGUAUACAAGGUGGACAAAGGUUCUGGGCAUUAAAGAAUUUUUAACAAAAGCAUCUAAAAACUUGGAAAUAAGAAAGGAAGGGC